UACGCAUCUGCCACCGUCAAUUCUCCCAUACAUUCCGAUAAAAUGGGAAAUAUCCGUCAGACACGAAAGAAUAGGUCCUCUGCACCUAAGCAGAGGCCCAAAAGGACGGGAAUGCUCAAGAGCGGCCGGAAGAAGAUCAACGUUCUGGGUAACGCCAUUAUUGCAGAAAACUGGGAUCGCAAGUUGACUCUCACUCAAAACUACCGCCGCCUUGGUCUAGUUCAUCGUCUGAAUGCGCCGUCCGGUGGCUCUGAGCGUCGCAAAACCGAGACCGGCUUCGAGGACGUAGAGGACUCCCUACACAUCAAAGGCAGCGUGGAGGCGGCUGUGAAACAGGCGGCUGUGGGUGAAGCAAAGGUUGAGCGCGACCCUAAAACUGGAAAAAUCAUUCGAGUAGUCCGCGACGACGAUGAGAUCGAGGUUGCGGGAAUUAAGCGCCGGCGCGCAAACCCACUUAACGACCCCUUAAACGAUCUGUCUGACAACGAAGAUGAUUCGAAGCCGCCAGCAAAGAACCCAGCAAGUGCCAUCGUACAGCAACUAGAGCUCCAGGCCGCCCAGGAGUCCGAGGCCGCCGCCAACAAGAAACCUCGCCACCAGAGCAAGCGCGAGGAUGAGUGGAUUACGAGAUUGGUUGAGCGGCACGGCGAUAACUAUGCCGCUAUGGCUCGGGAUAGGAAGCUGAAUCCCAUGCAACAGACCCCGGGCGACCUGCGCCGGAGGAUUCGCAAGUGGAAGGAGAGCCAGGCAUGAUGAUUUUUCUUUGGGUUGACAGCGCAUUUGUGUGGCGAGUUCGGCGUUUUUCAGGGUUGAAUUUCUCGACAAAAAAAAGUAUUUCUUUCUUGCUAGCCUAGAGCUGAUUUGCACUCGCAAUCCAUCCAGGGUGCAUAUCCUCGAGCCCUAAUGUUCAUAUAUCAAUCUACAAUACCCUAUAGAAUUGAUUGAAAUGAGCUCUUUAUCGCAG